GCACUCGACUCCACACACACACACACACACACACACAUCACGAACGGACGGACGGACAGACGCGCAGCAGCGCAAGCAUCAACACAGCGCCUCAGCGUACCGUACUCUCGCUACCCUUCCUCCGCUUCGCUCCGCUCCGCUCGCUCACACUCCCCGCGCCCAACCGCCCAACGCCGUGCCGCAAGCCUCGCCCGAACUCGCCGUGCCCCGACCCUCGCUUCACUGCGUAGCCCGGUCGGCCCGAGUUGGGGCGCCCCUUGUGCCCGUUGCCGUGCUGCGUUGCCUUCGUGGGGGAGGUUUGCUGGGUCUCGCUCGCUCCUCCGAGUCAAGGCUGCUCGCUCGUUUCUUCCUUUCCGGCAAAACAAAAAGCCUGGGCGGGUGGGUUGCUUGCGCUUCGGCGUGAGGGAAUCGUAUCGAAUCGACAUCGUCGUCCUUGCUCGCGUUCUUUGGCGUUGGGCUGACGUUUGCAGGCUCCGAUCUUGCGCAAGCGACCUGGAAGCUUCGAGCUUCGAGCUGAGCCAUCUACCCUUCCCCGAAACGAUGAGACGCGACGGAGGCGACGGGCCCGACGAGCUCGAACACGUCGUACACACUGGGUUGAAGGUUUCGGGGACACCGCUGGAGACAAUGUUGACGGCGCCGGCGUUGGUAGCGUGGCAGGACGAAGCGAUGGGCCAACGCCGCCAUCUGGGCUGCUUAACGGUCAACGGCGUUCCGCGGCGCGUCAACUUCACGCUAGAAGUCAGAUUCGACGUAGCCAAGAACUCAACCCUUCUGCUCGCCUUCCACAUGCCGGUGAAAUUGCGCCCAUCCCGCCGCGAGUCGCCCAAGCACAUGUACCUCGUCAUUCCCUCGGAGCAGCUUCGCCUGUCGUGGGCCGCCACCAACAGCAGCAGCGACAGCAUACACAGCGAAACGCGCCCGUGCCUCGAGCCCGACACGCCCGUCAUCCACAUCCGGCUCGACCUCGCACGCCCCCCCGCCGUCGCCAUGCCCGCCCUCCGCCGCAAGCUGCAACGGCCCAUCGUCGGCGCGCCGAGCGGGCUGCUCUCGUGCCUGCACUCGCUGACGCAGACGAUGCAGCUCGACGUGUACCUCUCCGACGCCGACGACCAGCGUACGCAAGCCUGCCUCGCCGCGCUCGCCGCCCGUAUGCGCCUCACGCCGCUCGCGACGCCCGCCCUCGACCUCGACGCCACGUACAGCGCGGGCGCGGGCGGGAUCGAUCUCUGGAAUGACUACCCGUGCGAGCCGGGGAUUGCGGAUGCGGGCAAGGGGCCGUGGAACCCGCUCGCGCCGCCGCCGGCUUAUGACGAGGUGGUUGGUGUUGGUGCUGCGGCGGCGGAGGGUGCGUGCGAGGAACCGAAGUCCAGCCCUUCGGAGAAGAUUGUGGUUGGCUGGGGUGGGGCGGGAAGUAGUAGUAGUGAUGAGGGGGGCAGGGCUACACGGUGCUCGGAUGUUGUGAGGGGGGUGCUGCCGGCGGAGUUUGCGAGGAGGGAGGGGGAGGGAGAGGGAGAUGGUCAUGGUCAUGGUCAUGGGGUAAGAGACGCGGAAGAGGUCGCUGGUGCGGACGCUGCGGUGGAGGAGCAGCGGGACAUGCAGUCGCAGUCGCAGUCGCAGCCCCCGCCCGCCCGGCCGCGGAAGCGCAAAGCCAGCGCCGCCCUGUCGGAUGUUGACAUUGACAACACAGAGAAGAGGGACAAAUACAAGCACAAAGACAACAACAACGCAGAUACAGACACCAACACAGACGCAGCCGCAGGCUUCGGCGCAAGCAAUCCCUCCACCGACACCGACCGCAUCGGCUACGACAAGUACACCCGCUCGGCCGCAGCAUUCUUCGUAGACGCCGCGCUCGCGGCUUCGGCGACUGAGACUGAUGUCGCGACGGAGGAGUCGGAGUCGCCCGUAGUCGCGCAGCCGCAGGCACAUCCGCGGGCGGCGUCGGCGCCGGUGGAGCAGCAAGAGCAUAAACACGAACAUGACCACCGACCGCAACCCUCUCCACCCCCACUACACCCAGCCCAACCCAGCACACCCAGCACACCACAAACGCCCUACAUCACCGACCUAACGCUCCUCCUCCUCCGCGCCUGGUCCCUCGACCCAGCCGCGCACCGCGACUUCCUCCUGCCCGCCCUGCUCGAGCUCGGCACGCUCGCGCGCUCCGACGACGCUGAAGCCUUUGCUGCGCUGCGGGGGGAGUGCGUGCUUAGGCUGGUUGAGCGGGGGGCUGUUGCGCGUGCGCGGGGAGGGGGUGCUGCUGGGCGGCUUGCCGACCAAGGUGGGGGUGGCGCUGCGCGCCAAGGGAAAGGGGAAGAAGGGGCAAAGGCAGAGGAAGUAGUCGAGGAGCUACGCAGCUGGUUGUGUGAGUUUGUGGGGAGGAGAGCGGAUACGGUCGAGUGCGUGUUUGAGGCGCUGGUGCGGGUGUGGGGGGCGGUUGCUGCUGUUCAGGCGGAGGGGAUGGGGAUGGAAGAGGGGCCGAAGUGGGAGGUUGUGCGUGUGUGGAGGGCCGAGUGCUUGGCGCUGGGCAUUGUUGUGGGUGGAGGGGAGAGGUGAUGGUUGAUAGGGAGGGGGGAGGGAGAGAGGGUAGAAUAAGAGGUUUAGCGAACUCUAUUCCUUCGUAUUCUUUGCUGUUUUCUUUUCUUUUCAUGCUCUUAUUUUAUUCCCUUCCGGUUCUCGUUCGUUCUUUCUCGUUCUCGAUCUCGAUCUCGUUCUUAUUCUUUACCGGUUACUGGUUGCUGCCUGCUAUUUGCGAGUGUGUAGAUGGGGUUGAGUAGAGAGAGAGAGGAAGGAUACUUUGUCGUUUAGUAGUUUCGGAUGUGAUUAGGGCGUGGCGUGAUAGAAGGGUGUAUGAUAGGUUACUAGAGGGGUAGGUACUAUACUAUAUAGUACGGGAUUUGGGAUCUUCGUUCGUAUUCGCGAUAGUUCUAUAUAUAAUCCUUUUACUAGACACCUAUUCUUUCUUGUAAACUAAGAUUUUUUUUAGACCGUAUUGUCUUCUAAUUACAUUUAUCCUCUACGUUAUACUAAUACUGUAUGCUCCCGGCC